GCCUUGGCUGAUGCAGAGCAGAGGGUGAAGACUGCCCUGUCCCUGCAGAGCCUUAUGGUGGAGGACCAGGAGGUGCUAAGGAAGCGUGAGUGGAAGGAUCUGAACAACCAGCUGGUGGAUGCCUACAACUCCCUAAAGAAAAAAACGGUGGUGAUAAAGCUUCACCCAGAGAGCAGAGACAGAAUCAUUGUGUCUGGCUUCCUGGACCCGGUCAGAGAGGUCAGCAACAGUCUGCAGGACUUUGUUGAAAAGUACUCACGAGUCGAAGAGGCUGUCUUUGUCAAGUCCUGUGCCGUGGUUAAAUUCAUUCAGGAGAACAAAUCUCAGGACUGGAAACAUUUUGCCAAGGGUGAUGAGGUGAAUGUAGGCUUUGACCCCAGAAGGCCCAGAAUUGUCCUUUCUGGAGCCCGUCUCUAUGUCAAGAAGGCCAAGGAGACCUUUCAGAAGAUGGUAGAAGCCAUCUGCACUGAUGAGCUCACCAUCAUGAAGCCUGGAGCAAGGAAGUACUUCCAAGAGAAGGGAAGCAUGUUUGUUUCCAUGGCGAUGAAGGAUCAUGGCUGUGUGGUGCUGCUGCAGGAAGACUACAUGCUUGAGGACGAUGAUAAAGAUGAGGAGGAAGGGUUUGGCCCGUCAUCCUGCUGUGAUGUGAGGACACACAAUGGAAUCCUGGUCUCCGUCAGUAAGGCUGAUAUCUGCAAGUUCAAAGCGGAUGCAGUAGUCAAUGCAGCCAAUGAAGACCUGCAGCAUAUUGGAGGCCUGGCUUUAGCACUACUCAAGGCUGCUGGUCCACGGCUGCAGGAGCUCAGUGAUCAACAUGUCCGUAAUAACCGCCGACUGCAGCCAGGAGACGCCAUUGUGACAGAUGCAGGCAAUCUGCCCUGUAAGUAUGUGGUCCAUGCGGUCGGUCCACGGUUCACAGACUUUGACCGGAGAACAGCCAUACAGCGUCUGAAACGAGCUGUGAAUGAGAGCCUGAGGGAGGCUGCGAAGGUUAACUGCUCAACUGUUGCCGUCCCGGCCGUCAGCUCUGGGAUAUUCGGCUUUCCUCUGGACCUGUGCACUGAGACCAUUGCAGUGGCAGUGCGUGACUACUGUGAGAACCUGAGGGGUCAGACCUCCCUGACUGAGAUUCACCUGGUGGACAACAAUGACAACACUGUGAGAGCCCUGGCCAGUGCUGUCCAGAAAGAAUUCAGUGACCUGCACCCAAAAAUGACCAUGCCUCCGCAGGGUGCACAUAGGGGAAGGGGACAACGGGGAAGUGGACAACAGGGAAGUGGACGAAGGGGAAGAGGACAACAUAGUUACAGACAUGAAGAACCUGGAUAUCAGGGACAGUCACCAUGGGGACAUAGGCAAUGGGAACACGGCCGAGGUGGAGGGAGAGGAGGACGUGGAGAUAGGGGAGGAGGAGCUAGAGAAAGCGGAACUCAAAGAAAUUAUCAUGAAAACCGAGAGGAGCAGAGGAGAGAGUAUGGCCAAGAGAGGAAGUUUGAGAGGGCAGGCAGUGGG